CCCCUGGCCCCUCCUCCCUGCCCUUUGCCCUCCAGGCAGCAUCUGGACAGUCUCCGGCCAGCAGCAACACUCUCAUCAUGCUUCCUCGGGCUCACCGGCUGGUGCUUCUCUGCCUUCUGCUCCAGUUUCAGGGACCUCUAGAGGCUGUAGUGUUCAUAGCCCAGGAGGAAGCCCACAGUGUCCUACACAGGCAACGGCGUGCCUACGCGUUCAUGGAGGAGCUGUGGCCUGGCUCCCUGGAGAGAGAGUGCAAGGAGGAGCAGUGCUCCUUUGAGGAGGCCCUAGAGAUCUUCAAGAGCACUGAGAGGACCAAGCAGUUCUGGGCCGUGUACAUGGAUGGGAACCAGUGUGACUCGAAUCCAUGCCAGAAUGGGGGCACCUGCCAGGACCAUCUCCAGGCCUACAUCUGCUUCUGCCCCCUGGACUUUGAGGGCCGGAACUGUGAGAAGAACAAGAAUGAGCAGCUCAUCUGUGCAAAUGAAAAUGGCGGCUGUGAACAGUACUGCAGCGACUCUCUAGGGACCAAGCGUACCUGCCACUGUCAUGAGGACUAUGAGCUGCAGCCAGAUGAGGUGUCCUGCAAACCCAAAGUUGAGUACCCAUGUGGGAGAAUACCUGUUCUGGAAAAGAGAAAUUCCAGCAGCCCCCAAGGCCGGAUUGUGGGAGGCUAUGUGUGCCCCAAAGGGGAGUGUCCAUGGCAGGCUGUGCUGAAAACCAGUGGAUUAUUGCUGUGUGGGGCCAUCCUUCUGGACGCCAGUUGGAUAGUGACCGCAGCCCACUGCUUUGAUAAUAUCCGGAGCUCCAGGAACAUAACGGUGGUGAUGGGCGAGCAAGACUUCAGUGAGAAGGAUGGGACCGAGCAAGUACGGCGGGUGGUACAGAUCAUCAUCCCUGACAAGUACAUCCGAGGCAGGAUCGACCAUGACAUUGCCCUGCUGCGCCUCCACCGGCCUGUGACCUUCACUGACCACGUGGUGCCCCUGUGUCUGCCCGAGAGGGCCUUCUCUGAGAACACGCUCUCCAGAAUCCGCUUUUCAAGGGUCAGCGGCUGGGGCCAGCUGCUGGACCGCGGCGCCACAGCCCUGGAACUCAUGGCCAUUGAAGUGCCCCGGCUGAUGACCCAGGACUGCCUGGAGCUUUCGAAGCACAGUCCUAACACGCCCCAGAUCACAGAGAACAUGUUCUGUGCCGGCUACAUGGAUGGCACCAAGGACGCCUGCAAGGGGGACAGUGGUGGCCCACACGCCACCCACUAUCAGGGCACAUGGUACCUGACGGGGGUGGUCAGCUGGGGGGAGGGCUGUGCGGCUGUGGGCCACAUCGGCGUAUACACCAGGGUCUCCCGGUACACAGAAUGGCUGACGAGGCUUAUGGACUCCAAGCUCCAGGUUGGGGUUCAUCGAAUCCCUCUACUCUACCUGGUGAACGGCAGUGUCUUCCCUCCUGUGAACCUUGCCCCAUGCCUGUCACAGCAGCUUUCUGUCCUUGAGCACGCCAUGGGGAGCCUACUGCGACUCAGCCUGCUCUAUGUUGUCCUGGCCAGCCUCCUGCUACCUGGGAGAGGUGUGUUUAUUAACCAGGAGCGUGCCAACAAUGUGCUGACAAGGAUUCGGAGGGCAAACUCAUUUUUGGAAGAGAUGUUUAAGAAAGGAAAUCUGGAAAGAGAGUGUGUGGAAGAAAUGUGCGUUUAUGAAGAGGCGAAAGAAAUCUUCAAGGAUGUUACCAAGACAAAUGAAUUCUGGUACAAAUACAAAGAUGGCGACCAGUGUGAAAGCAGUCCUUGCCAGAAUCAGGGCCAGUGUCGCGAUGGCCUUCAGGAGUACACGUGCACCUGUGCAGAGGGAUUCGAAGGCAAAAACUGUGAAUUCUUUGUUCGGAGACUCUGCAGCCUAGACAAUGGAGACUGUGACCAGUUCUGCAACGAGGAGCAGAACUCGGUGGUGUGCUCCUGUGCCAGUGGUUACCUCCUGGCUGAUGAUGGCAAGUCCUGCAUCUCCACAGCACCCUUCCCCUGUGGAAAAGUCACUAUAGGACGCAGGAAGAGGGCUGUGGCCCAGAAUACCAGCAGCGUUGAGGCUGUCUCUGAAGACCUACUGGACUUAGAUAUCCUAUCCCCUACGGAGAAUCCUUAUGACCUACUCAACCUCAACGAGACACAGCCCAAGAAGGACGGAAGGGACCUUACUCGGAUUGUGGGCGGCAGAGAGUGUGAGGAUGGCGAGUGUCCCUGGCAGGCUCUGCUAAUCAAUGAAGACAACGAAGGGUUCUGUGGAGGCACCAUCUUGAAUGAGCUCUACAUCCUCACGGCGGCCCACUGUCUCCACCAAGCCAAGCGAUUCAAGGUGAGGGUAGGGGACCGGAACACGGAGAAAGAGGAAGGCAAUGAGAUGGUUCAUGAGGUGGAUGUGGUCAUAAAGCACAACAGGUUUGUGAAGGAGACCUAUGACUUUGACAUCGCGGUGCUCAAGCUCAAGACCCCCAUCACAUUCCGCAUGAAUGUGGCCCCUGCCUGCCUGCCUCAGAAAGACUGGGCCGAGGCCACGCUGAUGACACAAAAGACGGGCAUCGUGAGCGGGUUUGGCCGUACGCAUGAGAAGGGCCGCCAGUCACACAUCUUGAAGAUGCUGGAGGUGCCCUAUGUGGACCGCAACACCUGCAAGCUCUCCAGCAGCUUCACCAUCACACAGAACAUGUUCUGUGCAGGCUAUGAUGCCAAGCUGGAGGAUGCCUGCCAGGGGGACAGCGGGGGUCCCCAUGUCACCCGGUUCAAAGACACCUACUUUGUGACCGGCAUUGUCAGCUGGGGAGAAGGGUGUGCGAGGAAAGGGAAAUACGGGAUCUACACGAAGGUCACAGCCUUCCUCAAGUGGAUUGACAGGUCCAUGAAAGCCAAGGCACUGCCCACAGCUCAGACCCCAAGGUCCCCGAGUCCUCCUCAUUAAAACAAUCAUUCUCUCAA